GUUGGUAAUGGAUAUUUGUUAUCUGUGUCGGCUGAUUUGGACCGUAAACCAUCUUUUCUACCGAGGCCUAACUCGUAGAAUGGGCCUCCGACAAUGACAACAAGGUCACGCGCCGCUGUGGCGAGUAUGUCAGCACAAGAGACCACGCCAGGGCAUUCAAGCUCUAAAAUGUUCUUGGCACGCGUGACUGCGUCAAAACCAUCUCCUGAGAGGGAGAGGUUUAUGUCGGCGUCACGCUCUGCCUUGUUGAAGGAGUUGGAGGAUACCAAAACAGAGGCAUCACAACCUCCAAUCAUGCAGUCAUGGAAGAAGAGACGGAGUGUAGCGGCGGCCGUGGACGGCGUUAUUUGUUGCUUUUCCGCCACGGAAUCUCUGAUAAUGUCUAAGAAUUUAGGACAUGAUUUUUCGUAGUAGUUUGGUGUGAGUUUGGAUUGUGUAAAGGGAAAUAAUGCUAGGAAGAAUAAGAUUAAUAUAUGAAAUUUAUAUUUAUAAGUCAUAUUGUUGCUGUUAGUAUUAGUAUUCUUUGGUGUUGGAGAGGGCAAUAAAAUUGUAAAAGUAUUCAAAGUUUGUCAAAAUUUAAACUCAAAGAAAUUAUUAUUGUAGUUUGAUUAAGGCUAAGAGAAUGGAUUGUCGUGUUUUCUGGUUUAUGAGAUGAUGGAUAUUUGGUGUUGUGUGAAAAAAUGAAAGGGUAAAGGAUGACAUAUUGUACAUAAGGAUUAUAUGUGGAAGAGAGGAUUCAAAGGGAGGUAAGGGUUAUUUUUAGAGAGGCUUUGUAUAUUGUAU